AUGAGGCGGGGAGUUUAUGAUUUUAUAUCUGCCAUACGGGGGGGAACUGGAGCCGAAAACCAUGGCGUACCGGCGGCGGCUCACACCACCGUGCGGCGUGCCUAUCGCCUCGUCCCGCACGUGAACUAUGACGUCGAGGAGAUUGCCGAGAUGCAGAAGCCCAAGCGGUGGUACAUAUCGCACCUCAAUUGCCUUCAGCAGCCCCUUAAGCGCGCGGAGAUUAUAGCUGAGAAACUCAACCUCCGUGAGAUGCGGCGCACCGGCAUACUACCGGAGAAGUCCAUUGCGCGGCGGAUGAGUCAGAAGUACGCCGUGGACGGUGCCAUCGUGGAGAGUGAAUCGAAGGUCAAGUUGAUUAACUUCACGGUCGUCAACUUUGACGGCCAUCCUUUUCACUUUCGUGUUUACCCGAUGCCGGAUGUCACGCUGAACACCUUCAUCGACGGCACCGGGAUGUGCCACGGCUAUCCCCACCACUGGGCUAAGUGUAAUAACAUCGACUGCUCGGAGUGGAAUCACGGCGACGGCUGCUUGCUGAACGUCGAUCUUGAGACUCUGGACCGCCUGCUGCCACCCAACCGAUGGGAGUACACCUCUCUCACCUCUUGGCGUGCGCUGGACAGACCUGACAUUUACUACAACUCGCGUUUUAGCUGUCAAAUUACAAUCACUGCCGAGCUCGACGGCGCUGUCUUUGCGCUCAAACAGCUCUGGUCACGGUCCCUUCGGGAGUCUGUAUCCGAUUGGGGCCUUAUCGACGAUUUGGCAACCAUUGCGAUGAUUCGAAGCAAAGCAAUUGAGCCAUGGGCUCCCCCGCUCGAGAAGCCUACCGAAGUGGACUUUCCCAUCACACUUGACAUGUUAUGGGCAACGACCUACCAGGAAAUCAUGCAAAGGAAGUACUCCAACUACCGCCGCAAGGAUAGAUACCACACAAAGCCGGAGUUUUGGGCAGCGUACGUUUAG